AUAUUUUUUGUUGUUGUAAUUUCCGAAGUAUCACCAACUAUCGUCCCCUUCCUCUGUUCCCAGAACUCGAUCCGCCACAACCUUUCUCUGAACCGUUACUUCCUGAAGGUGGCUCGUAGCCAGGAGGAGCCUGGGAAAGGUAGUUUCUGGCGUGUGGACUCGGCCUCGGAGGGCAAGCUGGUGGAACAAGCCUUCAGGAAGAGACGGCAGAGGGGCGUGGCCUGCUUCCGGACGCCGUUCGGACCGCUCUCAUCCAGGGCCCCAGCCUCCCCCACCCACCAGGGUCUCCUCUCCCCUCCCUCCAGUGGUCUUCAACCAGAGUGUCUCUCCAGAGAGGGGUCUCCUCUGUCUCACGAACACCAUCACCACCACGACCUGGCUCAUAAACUGGCCUCCGUACCAGAGUACAGAUAUACACAGAGCGCCCCAGGUUCUCCAGUACACGGCCAGCCUGUCAUCAUGGCCGCCCCGCCCCACCCCCUGCCCUCGGGGAUGGGUAAACCCCUAACCUUGUUCUCAGGCCCCGGGGCCGCUGGGGGACAGACUCUCCACAUGCUACAGAGCCCCUCCAACACCCUCACCAUGCUCCGUCUGGUCACCACGGCUACGGCCUCCCACUCUCAAACGGGUACAUCCUCACCCCCGGCGGGGGGCAGAGUCAUGGUAUACCGGCGCUGGCCAGCAGGGAGCAGAGGGCGCCAGCGACAGAGAGACACCCAGCAGCAGAAUAGGGAGCGAGUGAUCCAGUCAUUGGAGGGAGCUCAGCAGGGGUCAGAGGGCGUAGCCUAUCUCUGGGGCUGCACCAACUUCCUGUCCGCCCUGUCACUCAGAACGGCAAACACAACCACCGUCGCCACGGCUACCGGCGUCGCCAACGCUUACGCUCUGACCAGUCCUCUCCAGAUCCUGGCAGCCCAGGCCUCCAGCUCCCCCCCAGUCCUGGUGAGCAGACAGCCCAGCGCGGGGCCUGAUGUUGGGCCGGAGGUGCCAGGCGACCCCCAGGCUAAGAGGCCUAAGAUGGAGGAGGACGAGGCGGCUCCUCCCAUUCAGCAGCCGGUCAUCGUGGCUAUGAGUUCUCAGCCACACGACAACAGGAAGUAGAACUGCUGAACUCUAACCCCUGACCUGGUGUCUAGAGGAGGAGGAGGAACCUCUCUGGGUGAACCAUCUCACCAGUCUGACCCCUGGGUCCCGGUGUCUGCUGGUUCGCCCUCUGACCCCUGACCUCAAACCUCCUACUGAUAGCUGUCACGGAACUCUUACUGAAAAGUUAUCCAUGACUGGUAUUGAUUAAUAACUACCAGUGAUCAAUAAGCCUGUCCCUGACCUUUAACCCCUGACGCCAGAUCUCCCUCUGUAGUGCCAUUGGAGACGCAACCCCCCCCCCC